AUGGCUUCUUCGUCAACACAGACACAACCUCUUUCCUCACCUUCUUCAAAGCACCCUAUGGCCUCUUCUUCUUCAGAACGGCCUGUGGCUUUUUCUUCAGAAGAGAGAUCCAUUAAUCAAUCAUAUGCGAUUAGUGUAAUGGAGCACACUAUAGACAUAGAUAUAGCCUCUUCUUCAACAAUACAGAGCGAAUCUUUUUCAAUCACACCCAUCUCCUCUUCUUCAUCACAGCUUGUGGAGGAUCUCACAAAGUACCGGCCACUGUAUAAAGCUAUACUCGAAGGCAACUUGGAAUCGAUAAAAGAUUUCUGUGACUGGAAUCCUGAAGCGGUACGCGUCAGGAUCACGGUAAACUUGGACACAGCACUUCACAUUGCUGCUGGGAAAGAAGCGAAUCACAUUGUGAAGUUUCUAUUGUGUUUCAUGUCAAAAGAUGAUGUGGGACUCCAAAAUAAUGAGGGCAACACAGCCCUUUCAAUUGCUGCAAUUGUUGGCAAUUUCCAAGCAGCCCAAAUGAUAAUGGGCAGACAUCCAGACUUGGUUGCAGUGGCAAACAACUCUGGCAGGAUGCCUAUUAUUGAGGCUGCUCUACAUGGCCAAAAGAAGAUGAUAAGAUAUUUACAGCAAUUCACCCGAGAUAUUUUUCAUUUUGACGAAAAUGUGCAUGCUUUCUCCUUCUUGAAUUCGCUCAUAGUUGCUGGACUUUACGUUCGAAGUUUUAGAGAGGAGAUAGGAGAGACAAAGUUGAUGAAUCAGAUAGCAGUAAAACUAGUCAAACUCUUGUGCAUGGAAAUUACAAGAAUACUAGACCACGAAAGAGCUUACUCUAUACUAAAACGACCGUUCCUAUUAGCUGCAGAAUUGGGGGUUUGCGAAGUUGUUAAAGAGAUUAUAAAAUCAUUCCCUGAUGCAGUCUGGUUUUCAGAUGCUGACAAUCAUAAUGCACUCCAGUUGGCAAUCAUGAACCGUAGAGAGAAGGUGUUCAACCUUAUAUCUCAUAUGAGUAGUCACAAACAUUUGUUAUUGAUGUCCCAUGACAAUGAUGGGAACAAUAUCUUGCACUUGGCUGGAAAAUUGGCACCCGAAAAUCAACUCAAUCUCAUCAAUGGUGCAGCCCUACAGAUGCAGCGCGAGUUACGGUGGUUUCGGGUAAGCCUUCUGAUUUAA